GCGAUGGGCAAUGAGCUUUCAGGAUAGGAAUGGUAGGAAAUCUCAAUUUAUUUUAUUUUAUAGUAUUAUCAUAUAGAAGUUUCUACUAAGCUGGAGACUUAUAUAUCCCUCUGCCUGUGAGAAUCUCUUGAAUUUCCACAGGCACCUGGGCCACAUCAGGCACUGUUUCUCUCCUGCUUAAGAUCUUUCAGUGGCUUCCCAUCACCUACGAAAUAAGACAAGCUCCUACACUUAGAAUAUAAAGCCCCCUGCGAUCUGGUCCCAGCGUGCCUUUCUGCCUGGAUUUAUCAUUCCCUUUUCUGGUAAUACUAAAUUACUAAUAAUUCUCUCUCACACCACGUUUACAUCUCUGUGCUUUGGCUCUUUACAUGAAACUCCCUUUCCACCUUCGUUGCUUCGUAAAAUUUUAUUUACCCAGGACUCUGUUUAGGCAUCCCCAGCAGGAAGAAAGCCUUCACUGGACCCCACCAGUGUUUAAAAUGUCUUUAGUUCAUCCUGUCCUAGCACCCUGUGAGUUUCCCAAUUUUAUAAUCAUUUUCUAUUUUAUAUUUAAAUGAUCAGUUCAUUUGCCCAUUUUUCACAUAAACAAUCUAGCCUGGGAGAGGUGAUCAGGUCACAGUUAUCAUUGUAUCUCUAGUGCAUAGGUCAAUACCCGGCAUAGAAUAUUUUAUUUAAAUGAACUGACCUGACUUUCUUCUAGCUGAUUUUGUUCUGAGGCCCUGUCACUGAACUCCAUCUCUUAUCUCAGAAGUUGAAGGUCCCCCAUCCCAGAGCCAGCUGCUAAGUUCCCAGAGCUUGAAUAACACCACAGUCAGCUGAAGAGUGGGCAGCCUCAGACACCACGGCCGGGGCUUUUGGAGAAGCAGCAGGAGAAUGGGGGCCAUGCCGUUCAGACGCCUGUAUCUGUUAUGUCUCUUCAUGUACAAACUAUCCCUGGAAGUUGCUGCAGACGUUCAGGAAUCCUCAGAUGGUCCCGGUGCCCGGGAACCUGUCUGGCUCACAGAUGUCCAGGCUGCCAUGGAAUUCGUCGCUGCUGCUGAGGUGACUGUCAUAGGCUUCUUCCAGGAUUUAGAAGUACCAGCAGUGUCCCUAUUCCACAGUGUGGUGAAACAUUUCCAAGAUGUGUCAUUUGGAAUCAGCACUGCCUCCGAGGUUCUGGCCCACUACAGUGUUACUGGGAACACCAUUUCCCUCUUUCGUCUGGUGGAUAACAAACAACUGGAUUUAAAGAGUGAAGACAUUGAAAGCAUGGAUGCUACCAAGUUAAGCCAUUUCAUUCAGAGGAACAACCUCCACUUGGUGACAGAGUAUAACCCUACGACUGUAAUUGGCCUAUUUAAUAGUAUGAUUCCAAUUCAUCUUCUACUGAUGAUGAACAAGGCCUCCCCAGAGUAUGAAGAAAGCUUGCACAGAUACCAGGAAGCAGCUAAGCUCUUCCAGGGGAAGGUAAAGAGAUCUUUCUUUUCCAAACUUCUCCAACUGCAGAUUCUUUUUAUUCUGGUGGACAGUGGUGUGAAGAAAAAUGGGAAGGUGAUAUCAUUUUUCAAACUAAAGGAGCCUCAGCUGCCUGCAUUGGCAAUUUACCAGACUCUGGACGAUGUGUGGGAUACACUGCCCAUAACGGAAGUCUCAGUAGAGCACGUGCAAAACUUUUGUGAUGGAUUCCUGAAAGGGAAGAGGUUGAGAGAAAAUCAUGACUCAGAAGAAAAGAUGUCAAAGAUGGAACUCUGAUUUCUCCCUGCUUCUUCUGCGUAGGACAAAGUAACUACUUUAUGCCGAAUAAAAAGGGGUGACCCAAACCUCAGAGACAGUAAACAGGAUCACCAGACUUUACACAUACACAUACAUGCACACACACACACACACACACACACGUGCGCGCGCGUGCACGCACAGCUCCAGUUUGUUCCUUAAAGUCUCAUUGACUCUACUUUCCCUUUCUUUUAAAUUUUACCCUUCCGAUGUUCUCUUCUGCAUUCAUACUGAGUAGGCCCAUGCACUGUCACACAUACCACUGGAUGCAGGCUUUAUGAGAAAUACUGCGCUACUGCUAUGAAGUGACAACAUUCCCAGAGGGAGAUUGUUCCGGUGUAUCAUUUGAUACUGAAUUCGUAUACAGCACGCGACUUACACACAACAUCUUGUAGGGUUGCCUGAGGGUUGAAACUCUGCUUUCCUCAUGUCCCUCUCUGACUCAGGGUCAAGGACAAAAAGAUGGUUUUAAAUGCCUUUCUGAAAUUGUCUUUUUGCCAGAAGUCAAAUGAUAUUUCCAAGUCUCUGAACUCAGCAGAAACAGACCGUGUAAAAACUCUAUUCUUGUUUCAAGUUCCUAACUCCCCCUAUAAAUCAACAGCUGCAUGAUAAAUAAAAGGCCAUCAUG